AAGCAGCAAACCGGGAUAGAAAACCCAGAAAAAUGGGGGAGACCCACGAGCAAAUGGACACGAGCAAUCCACCACCUCCGGAGGAGGAGCGGCAGCAAAGAGCGAGAGAGCGAAUUCCGGCAGCGACAGCCUCGACGGCAGGCGGCGCCCUCCGGCGAUGACGACCGGGGCGCCUCCUCCUCCGACAACCCCCCAGGAGGAGGAAGCGCUUACCACCGACGCACGCGCUCCCACAGCAAGUCCAGGAACUCGAACCGGUUCUUCAACGAGUGUCUGCAUCCUGAUGAGAAGCGGAGGUUGGAGAUGAGCAAGAGGCUUUUGCUCGGGGACCAGAGGAGGUUCCGGAAUCGUCGCACCCGGAUGAAGGUAACUGCAAAAACUCGAUCUUUUUCAAAGAAAAUGGAGAAAGUUUUCAUCUGUCUUUGGUGGGUUUUCUUGAUCGCGCGAACUGCGGCGGUGAGGAAGCCCCCGGUUUGUACCGGUUUGCGGCGCUCCGCCGUCCUCGGUGAGAUCUCCAUCGAGGAGCAGGAGCUCUCUGCAUCGAGGACGCCUGCUUCAAGGAUGGCCAACACUCUAGAGUUCUACUUUUCAAUUUUUCAGCUUAUUUUUCUUCAAAUGGCUGACAUGGCAAUCACGUCGGUCUCUCUUAAGGAAAAUUAUAAAAUCCAUUAAGUAAAUUGGAUACGUUAACGGAAGAACUUAAUUACACAAAUUUUGCAAGUUUUAAAACUUAUUACAGUUUUUAUAAAUUUUUGAACUCGAUUACAUGUGCACGACAAAUUUUAGGAUUUUUAGUGUACUUUUUUAUUCUAAAAUUUUCUAAAGGUUCCUAGGUACUUUAUAUUUCCUUAAAACGUUCAUAUGACUUAGUAUGUCCACAUGUAUUUUGUGGUUAUUGAUCAUCAUUUGGCAUGUAUAUAUAUGAGCAAAGAAGAUGUCUGUGUUAAAGAACUUCAGAAAUAUUCAUUAUAAUAUUUCUUUCUCAGAGAAAUAAUUUAUAAAUUGAAGGAACUUCCUUAA